AUGAAAGACAAGGAUUGUCCAAACCAAUCAGACGGAGACACAGAAAAAAGGAGUUACAACCAAAAGAGUGGAGACUGUCCAGACGGCUCUAUCGAGAAACAGCGCCCAACCGCGCAGUCCGGCUGGCCGAGGAACGAUGUUCCGCGCUCGGCCAAACCAUCCGUCCGUCUGAAGUCUCGGCCAAAGUUCCAAAACCGGCCGAUCACGCAUCACGACCCGGGAAACAUUGCCCGCGGUCGGCCAAGCCAAACGUCACGCCACGCCGCGCACGACCAUGCCGCGCGAGCCGGGAAACAAGCCUCGCGGCCGCGCAACCCGUUCGCGUACCACGGCCGAUGCAUCCGUCCGAGCCGGGAAAACGUCCCGCGUCCGGCCGAGAAACAUCGGCCAAAUCUUCAUCCGCCGACCACGCCGGCCGACCGUGAAUCCAUCCGGCCCGACCGUUCCGACUCGGCCACAACCCGAUUGUCCGGCCGAUCGUCCCGACCGACCGUCCCAACGCCGCGGUCGACCCGAAGCCCUUUUGAAGCCCAUUUCAUAUUUUCAAGCCCGGCUUAA